AUGAAUAACCGACAGGUUGAGCAGGCAAUUGGGAAUUUGCUCCCAACACAUGCUAAUGAUAUCCCGCAAGAGCUCUUAAGCUUGGCUACCAGUCUUGUCGCGCAAUCCCGGAGUUUUUCAGCCAGCCUGAAGCCCGAGGAGGAGAUUGCGCGACCCUAUGCUUGCGCAGAGAUAGCCUGCAGGAGGCUGACACGAUCUCUCAAACUCCCUCCUCUACUGGGCCAUCCACCAUGUCCUCCUCGCGUCUACAAAAAGCUGUAUAACUACCUCGACCGAUCACUCACGGCGAGCUCCAAUGGGAUUAAGCGAUCAGCAAGCAGCUCCGCCCCCGGGACCCCCUCUCGUGCGGCCUCAAAUACGCCCGGCAAAGGAUCAAUUGGGGGCCGCACACCGAAAGCUGCGCCAACGCCGCGUGGUUUGCAAAAUACUCCCUCCAAGUCCACCCCCUUGAAGAGGAGCGUAAGUGUUGCCAAUUUUGGCACGCCGUCAAAAUCUGCCCGUAGAGUUGCGCCAGCGCGCCCUAAGGGCCUCUCCGGUUCGACCAUUAUUCCUGACGCCCCAGCGUGGGUGAUGGCUGCCAUUCGAACAGUAUGCAAGACGCUCUCCACGCCGGCUCCGCGCACAACCACCUGGUCUCGGCCACCGAUAUCGAGAACCCUGCCUCCGCAUAUCUUUGCCGGUGUUUCUACUAUCCUCUACAUGACAUCUAGCAUGUCAAAUGACGAGGAGGGAAUGGAUGAGGAAGUCCUUGAUUUCCUGGAUCCAAUUGUGUCUAUCAAAGGUACUACUGAUGAUAAUGACUUUAAAGAACUUGUCUAUGCUAUGGUUGUCGCGGUAUACUUUCUCGUCCUAGCCCGUCGACGGAACCCUCCUCCGUCUGCAGAUGGCGAAGAGUCCAACGCCGAGGCACAGAAAAUGGACACAAAGACUUUCACUGAGAUGCGGCAGACAGCUCUGACAAGCCUGGGCCUUCCGCAUGACAGACAGCAUCGUGAGGACGUAGACCAAUGGAUUGCAAUUAUCUUGAGCCAGGGCUGGGCGAACGGGCAAGAGUGGUUCGAGAACAUUCCGCUUGCUGGGGAGCUGGACGGCGAAGAUGACGAGGGCAACUCCUUCCGCAAUCUUGAUGAGGAGGAUGCUGCUUUCAGAGGCGCGAAGCUCCCUAAGCGUCGCGAUGCAGAUCGGGUUGAUUGGUUGAGUGAAGAUCGCCGAGAAGACUUCGUCGACUGGAAAGCGGAUAUCUUGUCGCGCAUCGGAGGUAGCUCGAGUCGAAUUGGGCAUGCAGCUGCGUAA